AUGUCCCAGUCGAGGAGUGGGGACCCCCACGUUCCUCUGGCCCUUGCCCUGGUGGACAGCCUGCUGUUGUGUGUGCUCCAGGAGCCCCUGUCAGACCCCAGUGUGCUCCACAUACAGGCUCUCCUCUCCAGGAUGGAGUUGGUGUGUCACACACUUGAGAAGGCUGAUAUCGGCUCAGAGGUGGCGCUGGAGGAUGUGGGCGGAGACUCUACACUGAUAGACAAAGUGAAGCGCGUCCACACAUACCUGCAGCAGAGGUCCAGCUUCCUGUGUAGACUGGUCCAGGUGCAGGGGGAGUUUGACGUCAGAGUGAAGGACUUGCUGCUAGGCCUAGAAGGCCUCUGGGCUCAGCUGGAGGACCUCCACACUGGGGUCACCCUCACUAAAGAGGGGAGUCACGGAGACCUGGCCUCUACCCAGACAGACACAGAGACUUUGUUUGCAGUCUUGAGUCACUACGGGAACACACUUCAGUGCUGCCAGGCUCACCUGAAGGACAGCACACAAUUACUGCAGGAGCUAAUGUGGCGUCACACGCAAACGAGCAGCAGCGUGAGCAGCAGCGGUGAGUCGGUCUGGCCAGAGCUGUUGCUUCAGUCCAACAUUGAGCAGUUUGACAAGGUGCAGGAGAGUUUUAUCACCCUGGAACAACAGACCUCUACGUUCCGGGCUCACCUGGAGGGACUUGGAAAGGAGAAUCGGGUGGGACCCUCGGGACCUCUCGAUCACGCCGACAGGGCCGAUUCACUCAGCUCAGCUUCUCCACAGAUUUCCAAACGUCUCCAGAAUGGAAGCGCAACUCACGAGCAGCACCGUAACUCCACCUCCGCAUCCACAUCUGUGUCCUCAAUGGAAAUAGACACAGACACAGAAACAGACGGGCCGCUCUCACUGUGUGAGAGGUCGGCUCUGCAGUUCACCUCCACCAUUGGACGCCUGCGCAAAUCUGUAAGGAGGAAGUCAAUUUUACCGGACUAUACUUGAUAUUUACCCCAGAAAGUUUGUUAAAAAAAAGAAGGUUUGAACUAACAAUGGAGAUCAUUUGCUGGUUGCAUCAUUGACAUUUAAAAAAACUAGAACGGGCACUCGGUAGAGCGCAUACCUUCGCAUAUCACAAGAUUGAAUUAUGAACAUUUUGGCAUUAGUUGCAUGCCAAUUGGAUAAAAAUUGACUGCUAUGGUAAAAAGAAGAUGUUGACCUUUUCAUGACUUUGACCUUGACCCGAUUGAUCCCAAAAUCUAAUCUAAUGGUCCCCGGACAAUAACCAAUCAUCCCACCAAAUUUCAUGCGAUUUGGUUUAAUACUUUUUGUGUUAUGCGAGUAACACGCAUACAAAUAAAUAAAUAAAGAAAUACACGGCGAUCAAAACACAACCUUCCGCAUUUUCAAUGUGAAGGUAAUAACAGAUCAGAUUAGUGCGAAUACCAAGAGAGGGAAAGUCCCAUUCAUAAUAAUCAGAUACAAAUGGUGGAAGA